AUGAAUUAACAAACAAGUUUGAAUAGAUAUUUUUAUCAAUUAUUAGAAGACAGAUCAGUUAGAUAAUAUGAUUCCUGUGAUUCUAUAGAUAUUAAUAAAGAAAAGAACACAUUAAUAGCAUCAGUUAAGACUCUAAAAAGGUUUGUAUAGAGUAGGUUAGAGAAAAAUUUUGAUGUUAUUUAUUUUAAAUAUGAAGAAACCAAAGAAUUUAAUCAAGGGUUAUUGACUGAAAUCCAAGAUUUUCACUUGCGAUAUUUUUCAAGAAUGAACAUUUAUUCAUCAAAUCACAUUGUUUAAUAAAUCAAAUAUUCUUUUAUAAAAAAAGACUAUGAAGAAAGUUUUAUUAUUAUUAUGAAUAUAUUUAAAAUAGAAUGUAUUAUAAUAAUAGUAGUAAUAGGGGAUCAUAAGAGUUAUGUAAAAAGUCUCAAAAGACGUUAAAGUUACAUAAUUACAUUGAUUUUUCAUCCAACAAUUAAAAUCAUGUUUAUAUCUGCUUGUAAUGAAUUAUAUAAUUCUUCUAAUACACUGGUUUAGUGUUGGCAGAAUAACAGAAAUUGA